GCCUUCUCAUUUCUCUAUCGAUCAACCAUCCUUCUUCUUUCUUCUUCUUAUUCUUUCUCUCUUUGUUCUCCCUUCUUCUUCCUCUCCAAAUCUGGGUUUUUCUCAAACCCAGAUCUGAGUUCUCAAACCAACCCAGUCUCUGUUCUAAAACUCAUUGUUGAUCCCACGAAUCUCUUCUUCUUGGAGGAACUGGUUCUUGCAAUUCUUCUAGCUAUAAAAGAAGAAGGGCACCUGCAUGAGUUUCUCUUCUUCAGGGAGACCAAGAACGAACAGAAUCUCUCUUCUCCCUUUUUCUUCCUUUCUAAAUCUGGGUUUAUCUCAAACCUAGAUCUGGGUUCUCAAACCAAACUUGCUGGCCCUGAUGGUACCACACAGCACACCAACUCCUUAUUUAACCGUGGUCUGUCUCACUCAUUCACUGCCAGAAUCCUCACAAGUGACAAGAUGUGUCCAGAAACUUCUCCAUUUCCCACCAAAACUACUUGUUUUUUCAAAUUCUAGGUUUUUGGAAUUUUUGCUUGCUUGUUUGGUUUCCCCUUUUCUUCCGGCUCAAACUCCCAAAUGUGAGUCCACCAUAAGGUAGCCAUGAUUACCGGUGGUUCACGAUAUUCGUAACAGAUGUGAGAACCCAGAUCUGGGUUUGAAACCCAGAUCUAGAGAGGAAGAAGAAGGGAAAAGAAAGAGAGAAAGAAUACGAAGAAAAAAGAAGAAGGAUGAGAAAGGAAAGGAAUGAGGAAAAAGAUGAAAUCAAACCCAGAUCUGAAGAUAAGAUGAAGUCAAACACAGAUCUAAAGAGGAAGGGGAAAUUUCUCAGGAUUGCACAAAAGAAAGUUCGAACAGUUUUGGAUGAAGUUUCGGAUUUGGGUUUGCAAGAACCCAUGAUUGCUCAAGAAGUCGAUGAGCGAUUCUGGGGCUUUUUGGGUUUCAAAUUGAACUCUUUUGGAAAGCAAAAAAGCGGAUUGGAGAGAGAACCCACAUGAAUUCAUGAGAUAGGAGAUUGUAAAUGAGUGUUUAUCUAUUGCAUUUGCAGAGAUAAAUCUGAUCGAAAAUGGUGUUUGCAGGUGGGUUGGAAGAAAUCUGGGGCUAUUUAAGAUUGCGAGGGAUUUAAGGAAUUCCCUGAGGAACAACAUUAGUGUUUAGCAGCGAGAAUGAUGAGAGGUUUUCAGCAGACAUCUUCGAUCAU